AGUGAACCAGUAAUGUGGAUCACUUCGAACCACGGCCGUAGCCCUCCUCUGCUUUCUAUAACUAUCAUCUUCCUCAUUCUUCUUGUGUCACAUACAAACUCGCAUUCAUCAAUCACAUACUUUUGCAAUCCUUCGCGCAAACAACAAUGGCUUCAGAGAAGGCCAAAAGGGAGAAUACAACCAACGAGGUGGAGAAAGACAUAGUCCCCAAAAUGACUACCCAUUUCGAGUCUCUUGCUGACAAAGUUGAAGGCCUUAAAUUUGGUGGUGGCGAAGAAGGCGAACAAAAGAAUGAGAAAGAGAGGAAAAGAUCAGAAACCACCCAUAAAGAAGAGAUACCAAGAGGAGUGGGCAAAUUUGAAAUUCACGAUGAAGAAGAGGAGAAGGGUUCGGGUACAGACAUGAAAGCCCAAGAAAGUGAAGCUGAUAAAGAGAAGAGUGGAAGCUUUGACAAGGAAGGUGGUGGUGGUGAGCAGAGAGAUAGGCCUUCACUUGCUGAGAUAUCAAAGUACAGAGCAACAGCACAGCAGAAUUCCAUGGAGGCCAUUAGAGCUGCCGAAGAACGAUACCAGAAGGCUACGGAAUUAGGCUCUUCAGCAUUGGAGAACGUCAAGGAAAAGGGUGCCCAAGCAAAGGACACUGCCAAGGAUACCCUUGCCAGUACAGCCAAAACCACGGCCGAAUACACCACGCAAACAGCAAAGAAGGCUAAGGAGGUAGCCGUGGAGAAGGCAACAGUGGCAAAGGAGGUAGCCGUGGAGAAGGGAAAGAGCGCGACUGGGUAUGCAGGGGAAGUAGCUGAGACUGUGAAGGACAAGGUGGUUGUGGGCGGUUGGGGAGCGACACAUUAUGUGUGCGAGAAGACUGAGGAGGCAACAAAGCCUGCAGCGAAUGUGGCUCAGCAGGUUGCAGGGUAUGCAGGUGAGAAGGCGGCUGCUGCUAAGGAUACUAUAGUGGCCACUGAGGAAAGUGCUAAAGAAUAUGCAGCCAGGAAGAAGGUGGAGGCUGAGAAGGAAUUGGAAGCUAAGAAGAAAUCAAAGGGGGAAGGAGGCGGCCAAGAACCUAGUGAGGAACAACAGGGCAUUGGACUAGGGGGCAAAAGAGAGGAUGAGAAAGAGGUGAAAUCUAGGGAGAGCAUCCAAGAGUUUUCUGAGGGAGGAGGAUCGGAAAAGGGAAGAACGGGAGGAGGUGGUGGUGGUGGGGUGCUGCAAGCCAUCGGCGAGACGAUAGUGGAAAUUGCGCAGACAACUAAAGAGCUUGUGGCUGGACGGGAGCCAAAUGAAGGAGGAGGGAAAGGCAGCUAUGAGAGUGGUCAAUGGGAUGAUAGCAAGUAAAGCAAAGGAAAGGCAGCUAUGCAAAUAAAGUAGUGUAACUAUGAGUUUCUGACGUUUUGGGGUGUUUCCUGUUGAGGACGAGUGAAAGUGCUUUUCUGUUUUGGUUGAUGUUUCAAAUAAAUUGGUAUGAGAUAUAGUGUACAUAUAUGUUGAAAAGGUGAAUUAUACAAAGGUUUGUUUAUUA